CACAUCUGGCGAUCUGGCAAACCCAAUGCACACACGUGCGAUUCUCUUUAGGAAAUUUAAAAAUUACAUUUUUUUUAGUUAAUUUUUGUAAUUAUUGAAUCGGUAAUUGUGUGUGGAAAACAAUGACGGCGAUACUGAACGAACCACCCCAGGGCGGUGGCAAGCAGCAGCUGCACAACGCCCGCUUCUACACGAUAAAACCGCGUGCCAUCGUGGGCCUCGCGUACAACAAGUUGGCCAAAUGCCUCGCUUUGAGUCGAGAGUCGGACUGCAUUGAGCUGUGGAACAUGGAAUAUGCCCCAUAUUUGGACAGGGUGAUACACCUGCCGCCCGGCUCGCCCGUGGAGGCGUUGGCCUGGGCCGGCACCAAGCGCCUCUUCUCGGUGGAUCUCUCGGGCAAACUGAUCGAGUGGGAUGUGCAGCGGCUGAGGCAGCGCUACGAGCAGUCCCCGACAGGCAAUGCCCUCUGGUGCAUGGACAUUAAUCCGGCGGGAACGGAGCUGGCGGUCGGCUCCGAGGAGGGGCACAUCAACAUCAUGAGCAUCGAGAACGACGAGAUCACCUACAAGAGCCUCUUCAACAAGCAGAAGGGCCGCGUGCUCUGCUGCAAGUUCGACAAGUCCGGCAAGCACCUGGUCACCGGCUCCGAGGGCUGCGUUCGCAUCUGGAGCGUCCUCAGGGGCCACACGCUGCACACGAUGACGCUGUCCGCCAAGGACGUGAUUGUGUGGUGCCUCCAGGUGCUGGCCGACAACACCAUCGUGGCGGGCGACUCGUCGGGCUUUGUGACCGUGUGGAAUGCCGAGAAUGCGACGCAGAUCGACAGGCGGCGCGUCCUCGACAAGAACGUCUUCGCCCUGGCCCUCAACGAGGAGGAGGACCGACUGGUGUGCACCGGCAUGGAGCCGCCGCUUAUUCGCGUCUUCAGCAAGACGAAGAUCAGGCGCGAGGAGUCCGAGAGCGAGCGCUGGAUCAGGUUCGUCCAGCGGGACGUGCACAGGCACUACGUCAAGUCCCUGGCGAUGGUCGGUGUCCAAAUUGUGUCCGGCGGUCUCGAUGGCAUUCUCACCAUCACCUCCAGCGAACGCAGCUCGGCGCCACAGCUGUCGCAGCACGCCCCCUUCCUCCAGGGAUCCGUCGCCUCGAUGGCCAUCGAUGCGAAGCUCCUGCUGCUCCGCUAUCCCCACAGCUUGGACCUGUGGCGCCUGGGCACCGUCGUGGCCCAUCCGGAGGAGCAGGAGCAGGAGGAGCGCUGGGACCUGCCUGUGGGCCACACGGAGGAUUUGGUGCUGGCGAAGCCGCCACAGAAGCUCCUGCAGCUGAAUGUCCGCGAGAAGAGCUUCAUUCAGGCGGCGGCCUUGUCCCCCGAUGCCGCAUGGAUCUGCUACUCCACUUUGACGGAGCUGCGGCUAAGCCGCUUGACGCUGGAGCCCCCUCAGGUGGAGCGCCUGGCGGAGAAUCUGCCCUCGGAGCUGACCCCCGCGAGCCACAUCCUCUUCACGAAGCAGGCAAAACUGCUACUGCUACUCCUGCUCGAUCCCAGUGCCAAUCGCGUGAAUUUCUUCGAGCUGAAGCAGGAUCGCGUCCUGUUCCGCGCCAGCCUCGAGCUGAGUGCGCAAUUGAAGGGGACUAUCAGCCACCUGGUGGUGUCUCCGUGCGGAGAGUACCUGGCGGCGGCCUCCUCCGACCACCUGAUCGGCGUCUGGCAGCUGCAGUCCGCCGGCAAACCGGCAAAGCAUCUGCUGAACCUGCCCCGUCACCGGGCCGGCACCACCGCCCUGGCCAUGCACGAGGGUCGCCCCCGCCUGGUGGCGGCCUACGCCGACGGGCGGCUGGUGGAGUACGAUCUGGUGAAGCGCGCCUUCACCUGCGAGACGGAGGAGUACCUGAUCCCAGCCACCAAGCACUUUUGCAUCCACGGCAUCACGCUGGACCCGAAGAACCCGAACAUCUUUCUCGUUCACACGGAGCAGCAUCUGUACGUGCUGGAGCGGAACAAGCGCAUCGCCUCGGAUGAGUAUGUCGUCAACACAAAGUCCAAGAAGUACAGCCACGAGAGCCGCAGCCUCAUGGCAGCCAAUCCGAAUGGAUUGCGCCUCAAGACACAGCUCCCACGACAGCACCUGGUGCAUGUCUUCCGCCUGAGUCCUAACGAACUCGUCAACGUCAGCAUUUCGACAGACAAUCUGCUGGCACCGCUGCCACCGCCGUUCCAGCGAAAGAAGUUUGGAGCCUCGUAGACGUUGAAGAGAGGAGUGUAGGCGCCUCUAGGAUUAUCAUGCCACCACUAGUUUCCACUUAGUUACCAAAUAAAAUCAAAAAUGAACACAAAACAAUGCUAGAGGAGC